GUGGAGCGCCUCGCGAUCGACCACAGCGUCACGCCGCCGUCGAUCGGCGGCUCGCCCGCCGAGAUGGACGGCAGCCCGACGUUUGAUGGAGGCUACAGCCCCGCGUCGCUCGACGGCGCCGCCGCGCUCAUCAGCCCGGACGAGGCGCAGGAGAUGGACUUUUGUCGGUCGCCGAGGGCGUCCUUUGGUUCUAGGCGGUCGUCCCAAUCCCCUACGGUCCUAGAUGACGAGGACGACGCGCCGCGCUGCGUCGUGUUGGACUUCGACGGGACGCUGUCGACGCCGAAGUACGUUGAAAGAUUGCAGAACUGGGCCGUCUGCGACAAGGAGGUCUUGAUUUCAUCCUUGACGGACGAGGAGAUUUGGGCGAACGGCGGCGGUGUCCAGCGCGUCGAGUUAAUGAGACAGAUGCUCGAGACGCUCCAACGCCAGGGCUGCGCUCUGUACAUCGUGUCCCUGGGCUUCACGGGCGCGAUCCGGCGCCACCUGGACGUCUGGGGGCUGUCCUCCUACUUCCCCGAGUCGCGCGUCUUCGGCCAGGACUCGCCUUUACUAAUUGAGCGGGACUACGUCAAGGCGGCCUUGAUCGAGAACCUCAUGGCGCGGCGCGGCUGGGCCUUUGGCGAUGUGCUGUUCGUCGACGACAGCCAAAAAAACAUUUCCGAGUCGACCGCCCGCCGACGUGCGCCACCUACACCGUCGCCGAGAGCGGCCUCACGGAACGCGACAUGGGCGCGGUCUGCGCGGCGCUGCGCGGCAGCUAGCUUUACUCCCGGAAGUCGCGCCUAUGACGUCCGUUGUGGCCUACUGGGUAGGUUACGAUGGACCGAGGAAACCCGCACCCGCAACUUCCCCCGCCACGACGAGGAGCACCGUCCUGGCGGCCCCAAUUCGAACACUUAA